GCUUAGAAAAAAAAAAAAGGUAAAAACUUUAGAAUUUAUUUCUAAAAGUGGAGUAAUACGGUAAUAGAAAUCGGAAAGGGAAUAGCUAAAUCCUAUUUCAAGCCAACUAACCAAAUAAACAAACACCUCGAAAGUACCAAAAUUUAGGUAUGAGUGAAACAUACAUGAGUCUAACCCAUUUCUCUCCUUCCCUUUGUCAUCCUGCGUUCCAACGUCUUCUCCUCGGCUCUCUCUCCCUCACUCUUCUUCUCACUUCAACUUCCAUUUAUUUUCCUUUUUUUUUUUUUACUUUUAUUUUUUUUCCUUUGGGUUGUAAAAUUCGAUGGAAAAUAUGAAUAUGGCGUUAAUUUCAUCUUCAUCAUCUCCAAAGUUAUUUUUGUUAGGAUACAGUAAUCCUAAUUACACUCUGAAAAAACCUACCAAAACCUUCACUUUUCGAACUUCCAGGAUUGCCCCUCUUCGUUCCCGAAUUUCCCUCUCCGCCCAUGCUUCUCCUCCUCGACGUCUCCCCCAAAUUGUACUGACAAAGGCUGGAGAAGAGAGGUUUGCGAGCAUUUCUUCUUCAAGUAAUCAACAAACUUCAUCAGUUAGAGUCAACCCUAAUCCAACAGUGCCACUGCCGUCCUCUCAAGUAGGGUCACCUCUCUUUUGGGUUGGAGUAGGUGUUGGGCUUUCUGCGCUUUUUUCAUGGGUGGCUUCAAGCUUAAAGAAAUAUGCAAUGCAACAAGCUUUCAAAACCAUGAUGGGCCAGAUGAAUACACAAAAUAACCAAUUUGGCAAUGCUGCUUUUCCUUCUGGAUCCCCAUUUCCAUUUCCAGUACCUCCAUCGCCUGGACCUGCCACACCCCCUUCUCCAUCUUCUUCUCAAGCUGCAGUUACAGUUGAUGUACCUGCAACGAAAGUUGAAGCAGCCCCGGCGACUGAUCCAACAACUGAAGUGAAAAGUGAAACAGAAAUAGCAGAGACGAAGAGAUAUGCUUUUGUGGAUGUUUCUCCAGGAGAUACUGUGCAGAAAAGUGCUUUUGAAGAUGUAGCUGAGCUAAGUUCUUCAAACAAUGCUCAGUUUCCCAAGGAUGUGUCUGGUAAUGGAGCUGCAUCUAAGCAGAAUGCUGGUUCUUUCGGAGCUUACCAGUCAACUGGAACAGCAGGUCCUGCCUUAUCUGUGGAUGCUUUAGAGAAAAUGAUGGAAGAUCCAACAGUGCAGAAGAUGGUUUAUCCAUAUUUGCCAGAGGAAAUGAGGAACCCUGAGACAUUUAAAUGGAUGCUACAAAAUCCUCAAUACCGUCAACAACUGCAGGACAUGCUAAAUAAUAUGGGUGGAAGUGCUGAAUGGGACAAUAAGAUGAUGGAUUCCUUGAAAAACUUUGAUCUCAACAGUCCCGAGGUCAAGCAGCAAUUUGAUCAGAUUGGGCUUACACCUGAAGAAGUAAUCUCCAAAAUAAUGGCCAAUCCGGAAAUUGCUAUGGCGUUCCAAAACCCUAGAGUUCAAGCAGCUAUCAUGGAUUGUUCACAGAACCCACUGAGUAUUGCUAAAUAUCAAAAUGACAAGGAGGUUAUGGAUGUAUUCAACAAAAUAUCAGAACUCUUCCCUGGAAUGGAAUGACGGGUUGACCUUGGUUUUGGUCAUUCAUUGAAGUUACUGCUCCUGAAGCAUAGUGUGCUCUUUUCAUUUCAUAUCAGAUGGCUGAGGUGAUGGGAUUUGGAGUAGACGAAUCCAAGACUUAGCAUAGAUCCUACAUCACUUGUUCUGAGUUUCAAAGUUUUGUUUUUAGUAUGAGAAUGAGCAUUACUGUUCGUUUAUUCCUAUUACUCACCCUUUUACUGUAAGCUAGAGGUUUCAUUAGCUGUAGUUGAAGUUGAAUGCUCACUUUCACAACUGGGCUUAUCCAGAAUUUAACUGUAAAUGGUGUCCUUUAUAAAGAGUUAGCUUUCCCCUCUUUCUCUCUCGG